CGCGGAGGAGGCUGUGGCGGCCGGGAGCGGGGCCAGCAGACAGCGGAGGAGCAGAGCGCACGGUCCGCCCGCCGCUGGCCACUAGGGGAGGGGGGAAAGGAAGGAAGGACGGACUGACGGACCUGCCGGCCGGACUAGCUCCCACGAGGGCCGUCUCGGCCCCUGACCACCCGCCUUCCCGCCGCCCUCGCGGCUGCCGCUUCCUCUCCCGCCGCCCGCAGGGCCCCGCUGGCCCUCGGGACGGGUCCGCGUCCCAGCCCCCGACGCCUUCCCGCGGCUCAGAGGCGGCGGCCGCCUCCCGCCCCCUCCCACGAACGGGGGGAGGGACCGCUCUCGCUCCCGGUUCUCCCCGCCUCCUCCCCCGCCCUCCGCAGCCCGCUCCGCCGCCGCGCUCGGCUCACGCGGGCGGUGCUGACCCGGGAAGCAGCGCCCUCAGCUCCGCGAGCGGCCGGUGGAGGCGGAGGCAGCGGCGGGCUUCAGGCAGCCCGGGCCGGCGCUGCUCUGCCGAGCGGGAGCCGGAGGCCCGCGGAGGUGGGCGGUGAUGGAAGCGUGAGGAGGCGGCGGCGGGCCGGGGGACUGUGAGGCAGCGUGUGGCGGCGGCGCGGAGCGUGAGAGGCGAGGAACGCGGGUGGGGGCGCUGGAGCAGCGGCUCUCCCGCGGCUUCGAGCCCCGCUCCCCUGCCCCCGACGCGGGAUUAGCCGCCCGUCUCGGCGCGGGCGGGCGCCCGUCGACCCUUCAGCUCAGUCCAACGCCGCCGCUCGGCCCGCCCUGGCGCUGGGAGCGGGUGCCGAGGGCAGCGUGGGGCUUGGCUCUCUGAUUCAUUCAUUCUCCGCCGCUGGCAGCCUCAGACCUGCGGUGCUCCGAAGAGAGGAGGGAAGACGGGCAGCAGCGAAUGAAGGGCCGGGCGCCAGCAGGGCUCCAUUGUGCUCGGCGGCGCGGGGCGGGAAGGGGCUGAGGGAGGUGGGAUCGGGCCCCCUCCCCCUGCUCCCCGGCGUGCGCUGCGCCCCCAGCCUGCUGCCAGCCUGGAAAUGGCUCCGUUUAUUCUCUUCGGGAGAAUGAAUCGAUCCUGCCCAGUCUUCUCUUCCUCCUCCCCACCUCCUCUCUGCUCCGAGUCUUAGGAGGGGAAACAUUUAAAAGACAGAUUCCAAUGUGGAGUGCCGUGCCCAUCGCGGGCUGUUGGGUUUGCACGUCGAGGAGAUUUUUCUAUAUAGCUUUUUCUAACGUGAGCGCAGGGGAGCAGUGGCAUGACUGCUUUUAGGAUUUUUAUUUUCUCGUAGGGAUCUCUAUAAAGUGCACGUCGCAUUGGGUUACACGCUCCACCCCCAAGGGAACUGGUGUGGUGGAGAAAUUUGAACCCGCAGCCUUAGUAGCACCAGAAGGCCGAGUUACCUGGCUCUCGCAGAGUGUCUGGGAGGACAUGAGCGAAAUGACCACCGAACUCAUUUUUUGUAGGACUCGGUGAAGCUGGAUUCUGCGUUUUCCGACAGACACGUAGACUCAUUUUGUGGAAUAGAGUUGACCGCUGUCUCCUCCGCGCAGCAUUUUUAACUCUCAUAAGCAAAUGCCACCUCUGCUUGAACGUUUUGGUAUUGACGAGAGAGAAAUCCUUUUACCUAAGGGAACUAAUUGAAUUGUCAAGCACCACUGAAAUACCUCCAGAAAAGGAUCUCGGGGGGUGGAAAAGCGACUGCGAAAUAGCAGACGGAGAAAUUCCUUUGGAAGUUAUUCUGUAGCAGAAGAGCAGAAACUUCAGAGCAAGUUCUCAUUGGGCAAAAUGGGGGAGCAACCCAUCUUCAGCACUCGAGCUCACGUCUUCCAGAUUGACCCAAACACAAAGAAGAACUGGGUACCCACCAGCAAGCAUGCAGUUACUGUGUCUUACUUCUAUGACAGCACAAGAAAUGUGUAUAGGAUAAUCAGUUUAGAUGGCUCAAAGGCAAUAAUUAAUAGCACCAUCACCCCAAACAUGACAUUUACUAAAACAUCUCAGAAGUUUGGCCAGUGGGCUGAUAGCCGGGCAAACACUGUUUAUGGACUGGGAUUCUCCUCUGAGCAUCAUCUUUCAAAAUUCGCAGAAAAGUUUCAGGAAUUUAAAGAAGCUGCUCGACUAGCAAAGGAGAAAUCACAAGAAAAGAUGGAACUUACCAGUACACCUUCACAGGAAUCAGCAGGCGGGGAUCUUCAGUCUCCUUUAACACCAGAAAGUAUCAAUGGAACAGAUGAUGAAAGAGCACCUGACGUGACACAGAACUCAGAACCAAGGGCUGAACCAACUCAGAAUGCAUUGCCAUUUUCACAUAGUUCAGCAAUCAGCAAACAUUGGGAGGCUGAACUGGCUACCCUCAAAGGAAAUAAUGCCAAAUUGACUGCAGCCCUGUUGGAGUCUACUGCCAAUGUGAAACAAUGGAAACAGCAACUUGCUGCGUAUCAAGAGGAAGCAGAACGUCUACACAAGCGAGUGACUGAGCUUGAAUGUGUUAGCAGCCAAGCAAAUGCAGUGCAUACCCAUAAGACAGAAUUAAAUCAGACAAUCCAAGAACUAGAAGAGACACUGAAAGUGAAGGAAGAGGAAAUAGAAAGAUUGAAACAAGAAAUUGAUAACGCCAGAGAACUACAAGAACAGAGAGACUCUUUGACUCAGAAACUCCAGGAAGUAGAAAUUCGGAACAAAGACCUGGAGGGACAGCUGUCUGACUUAGAGCAACGUCUGGAGAAAAGUCAGAAUGAACAAGAAGCUUUUCGCAAUAACCUGAAGACGCUCUUAGAAAUUCUUGACGGAAAAAUAUUUGAACUAACGGAGUUACGAGAUAACUUGGCCAAGCUACUAGAAUGCAGCUAAGGAAGGUUAAAUUUCAGUGCCAAUUGAUUAAAAAAUACACUGUCUCUCUUCCUAGGACUGUUCGGGCUCUGCAUCAAGAUCGCACAAAAAAUUUGAAUAUCACUCCUCCUCCAGGAGGCUGAUCUUUUGAAAAUUGGAAUUGUAUAUUUCAGUGUAAAUUUUAGAAUCCAGCUUGUAGCUAGUUGGGGAAAAAAGAUGAAAAACUUGAACUACAAAUUACCUCCAUGUAUAUUAUUGGCCAUAGUUAACUAGAAAGAUAUAAAUAGACACUUAAUGCAAUCUUUUUUUUUUUUUUUUCUGAUAUUAGCUAAUGGGAGAAUUACCAAUGUCUGGGUCACAUCCCCUUUUUGUGUUCAACACAGUGAAGGUUAUCUGCUUUUUAAAUUUAUUUAUGAUAUCUAAAGCUGUGUUUUGUGCAAAAACUUAGUGAUGAAAGCCCUGUCUUCUGUUGUAAUCUGAAUAAUUUCUCAGGAUAUUUUUGCACUGCUGAGAAGCAGUGCCAUUACCAAUUAAUUCUUGCCAGGAGUGAGAGAGAGCUGUAUCUUUAACUGAAACAUACUUACUAGAACUGGGUGUAUAGAGUUCUUCCCUUUUUUUAUACUGGAAGAUAUUUCACUCGGUGACCACUCUGGUACACUCUGGUGUUCUUUAAUCUUGUCUGCUGUAUAGUUUACUUUUCCACAUUGAUUCCAUGUAUUUAUGAGAAGAAACUGUCUCCCAUUUUAUUACACAUUUUAAAGCCAACUAACGAAGGCAGCUGAGUCCCUCAGAAAUUUUUCUUUUUAAAUUUCUAAUAAAUUUGACACACAGUACUGAAACACAGCAGCCCGUCAUUGACGGGCUGGUCUAGCAAUGUUACGUAUAUUUACAGAAUAUGCAGUUACAUUUAUUUAUAUAUUUUGCAAGAAAUCUUUUCUGAAUGAUCAAUGCAUUUCAAUUUACAAAUAAUAAUGGUUAUCGGGGAACUGUUUAUUAUAGAUCAUUUUAAGGUGUAUAGCAAUUUUAAAGGGGAUCCAUUUCCAUCAAACAGCCGAUCAGAGGACUAUUGGGGUUGGAGCCGUGUACUCUGUCUGGGUCUUCACAUCACCCACAUCUCUAGUCAAACCUCACAAGGCAAUAUUCUGAACUGUUAACUAGGCAUUUCACAACAGGAAUUCAAUUCAAUAGGCUCUUCUCAAUGAACAAGUUUUAAUGUUGUUUUGAUGUAAUUUUAAAAGACUUUUAGCAAACAUGCAUUUCUUUCUAUAUUUCUUUGAAGAAGCUAUUUUAAAAGUAAGCCAAGUGCUGUCUAGUCUGCUUAUGAAGUUAGGAAUGCCUCAGAGUCCAUAUAUCUUUGCUGUACAAUGCCUGUGAUGUUGAGGAGGGUUCUUUUUUAAAGUGUAUGCUUGAGUAUCUGACUCCGUGGAGUCUGCAAAUGCACUGACUUUGUACCCCGAAACGACUGAAUUGUUAAGUACAAAAUUAAGCUGAUUAAUCGAUUUGUAACCAUUUUUUCACUCACAAACAGCAACGCAACACUAGACAAUUUUGUUUUAUAUAUGUAUGUGUAUGUAUGUAAAUACAUACAUAUUAAUUUAUAUUAGAGUGAAAAAUAAAUGGUUUGUUUCUAAAGUUAGUUUCUAAAGUGAGUUUUCAGGUGUCUCUGAAAAGUUUAUAUCAGACACUUACUCAUCGUGUAUUAUAUGUCCUAUAACAUCAUGUAAGUUACCUCCAUCUAUUUUAGGAUACUUUCCUUACCUAUUUAUUAUAGGGAGGAUAAUUUAGGUACACAAGCUCAGAGCUGAGAUAUUUCUCUGAUAAAUCAGGUAAUAAAAUUUAUUUGUUGAUGGAAUUUUGAAGUAGAUGUGCUUUUAUCCAUCAGUUUCUGAGUAGUAGAGAGCACCAGAUUUUAAUUUAAAUAGGGGACGUGAACACUAGGGAUCAGGGAAUUUAGUUAUGAAGAGUUAAAAAUUAAAAAGCAAACCAGUAUAAGCUGUUGAAAUGGUAAGUGAAUUAUUUUAAUGAUGUGAUAUUUUUAAAUUUUGACAUAGUUGUCGUUUAAUGGGAAAAGUACUCAACAAAAUGUCUCCACCUGAAUUGUACUGAUAGGUGAGAUGUGUGUCAUUCAAUAUAUACAUAUAACCAUAUGUAUAUACAGAAAAUUAUUUUUAAUAUUUUCCUACUGAUAAGACAUUUAAAAUUGGAAAUUUUGUGAGUUUUUUCCUUGUCCAAUAGGGCCUAAAUUUUUUUCUUUUCUUAGGGAUUUAACAACUUGAGGGCUGCACCUUUAAAUUCCCAGAUUGUCAUUAGACGUGUACAGUAUAUGGGAGAAGGUGGACACAAGUGCACAUAUAAAUAAAAUCUUCUUAGUAAGACUAUUUUCAGUGUUCAUUUACAGUAGGAGAGUAGCUAGAAAUCAUCAUCUAUGAGUCAUAAUUAGGUUGUGUGCCUACUGUAGUUUUCUCCAUUUCUGUAUUAUAGAAAUAAAAGUUUGCAUAUUAACAUGAUUUUUCCCAGAGACGAGUAUUAUAUGAUGUAUCUAUAUUUAGAUCAAACUGUGGUAAUAUAUUGAUCAGAAAAUGAUGCUGGGGGACUAUAGCCUGAACAUGUGGACUUGAAGUGACACAGAAAAGGAGAGCAGAGAUCGAGCCCAUUGUGUAUAAGUUACUAUAUGAUAAUUAUGAAUUCUUGUACAAAAAAACAACUGAAAAAAAGGAAAAACAAAAAUACAAUUUUUAUUUUGAAAUACAUUUGUUGUUUCUCUGGAGAAUGUACUUUAUCUUCUUUUUCCUUCAGUCUUUUACAGAUCCUAAGCAUUUAAGUGAUGGCAGCAUUCGCUCAAUUCCUACAGGUGCUACUGGAUUUCACCUUUAGUGUGUUAUGUUGUGAAAUCCUAACUUUGACAUAAAAGGUUUUAAAAGUAUUUUCCUGCCUGGAAAAUUAGUUUUUGUUUCUCCUCUCUCUCCUUCUCUCCCUUUCUCUCUCGCUCCUUCUCUUGUGCUCUCUUUUUUCUCCCUUUCUUUCUGCAGAUUAAAAAACAGUUAAUGAAGUUGCAUUCCUCUCCCCCCCUCCCUCCAUCCCCAUAGAAGAGCUUCAGCCCUGUUGUGGAUGUCAUGUUUUGCUCUUAUUUAACUGCUGGGAAGCAGUUAGAGGAAAAGCUGGCAGGUUUUUUCCAAAUGGAAAUAAAAGGGACACUUGAAAUUAAACCACUACCUUUUAAAACUCAUUUUCUGCCCUGUUGAAAUUAAAUGUAUUCUCUCACACGUGUGCUCUGGCUCUCCAUAUUUGUGUUUAACUGUGGAGUGAGCAUCUCAUCUCUCUCCCUGGAGACCUGGUUUUCUGUCUGUUCUGGAAGGGACGCCGACCAGAGGGAAAACUUGUUUGGUGGCAUUGUUUUGUUUUAUAAGAAAUCCUGUCAUUUUUGGGGUAUCAAAUGAUUUUACCAUUCCCGAUUUGAUGUGCGUGAAGUCCUGGAAUAGUCUUCACUGAAUUUUUGUCUUUUACAUGUUUAGCUCUGUUCCUUUAUCAUUCAUGAGGUAAAUUAAUUUAUAUGAAAUAUUGAGGAAGCUUUCAGGUAAGAAGUAGUUCAGAAUGACACGUUUAAAAUUUUUCUCAAGUAGGAUACUAUGCUAUAGUAAGUAUUGUUUGAGAAGAUAAUUUUCAUGUAAGAGUAUAUUUUAAACUACUAGAAAAAGAUAAUUUUAGAACGCAAGCAGGCGAAUCAUUCACCCUACUUGAAAUUGUGAAAAUGGGUUUUUCCCCAUCUAAAAUUGAACCUUAUAUUUUGACAAUAGUUUUUCUUUAUGGGAAAUUGAUAUGUAGAUGUCACAGAAAUAUAAGCAGUACUAUUAAUUAAUGGUUUGUUGUCCAUAUGUUACAUAAUAAAAUAGCUGAUGCUUUUAUCCAAGAAAAAAACCUCAAAAACCCAAUCAGCACUGCACUACCUAGUGAUUUCUGCUUAGUACCCUAGACAGAAAAGAAACAUUUGAGGUUAUUUUUACCCAAAACAGGUGACCCAGGAAGAGAAGUUGCAUCUAGACUAGAAUAGGGAAAAGGCCACGAGCUCCCUGUAGAUUUCUGGUCAAUUCUCUGAUCUCAUUAAGGUCCUUUCUGUCCUUUGGAUGAAAGAACACAUUUCAGCAGAUGGCAGGAGCUUAUCUGGAGGAGGAGAGGGUAUUUUUUUGUGAAAGCAGGGCCAGCACCGAGUGAGAGCGCGCUGCCCUCAGUCUUCAUCUUUGGCAGCUCAGACUAGCUAGAGACACCUGUUGCUUUUCACUGAACAAGCUGGGAUUGCCUUAAUGAAGUUUAAAGGCUUUCAGAAGAUCCUGUCAUUUGUCUUGUCAGGAUUUAUAACCUAAUAGAAGACACCUGAUGUUCAGAACACCCCAUUCUGUGGAAUUCUGACCAAUUUUUUCCAGUUCUUGUCACAUCAGCUCUACCAGGGAUAGAAAUAUUGGUCUAUUUUCUCCUAGUAACACCAAAUUAAGAUGAUAAUGAGUCCCUAAUAAAUGCAGAGUUAAGCCCAUUUCUUAGGAAAUGUCUUCUGUCUUCUUUCCACCAAAAGUCAAGAUUUUAUCUUGUUAUUUGUGUUUUAUAACUGUUACUAUAUAUGCAUGUAUAGUAAUUUCUUAAAUGACUUGUGUGUAGUACUUAUUUGAUUGUUAUACCUUAAAUGGAAUGACUGUUUCAUAAAACAUGGCCAGAAAGCAGAUGCUCUUGAAGUAAAUGAUUUCUCGACAACUUCAGUACGAAGUGGAA